AUGGAGCGCGAUGACGACGACGGCAUCGGGUACGUCAGAGAGAGCCACUAUUUGAAGAGCCCGAGUCUGGACCGCCAGCAGGCCAUAGCGCUCCUCCAAGUGCCCAGGGGAGAGGGGAGGGAGGGCAGUAUAUCGUCGAGCGUCAGCGAUCUGGACGUGCCGAUUUACUCGUCGGAGAAUUUGACCACCAGCUCGAAGAGGGAACCGCAAGGGGUGAGUCAAAGACUGAAACAAUUGGAUGUUAUUUGCCCCCCACUAGUCAUAGAAUCACAGGCAAAAAAUCCAAUAGACGAUUUUAUUAUCGUACCCCAUGUUUUUUGGUUAAAUAGCAGAAUCGAUUAA